CCGACUCCGCCUUCACCGGAAACAGUUGCCUGACGUCGAGAGGGGGAAGGCGUUGCGGUGACUGGUAGCUGGAGAACGGGCGAAGGGGAUGAAAGAUGGCGGACCUCGAAGAUGUUACGCUGGACGGGAGGCCGCUUCAUUCUCUUCGUGUGGCUGAUCUUAAAGCUGCAUUGGAGGAAAGAGGCUUGUCCAAGAGUGGGCAAAAGAAUGCUCUCAUCAAACGGUUAAAAGGGGCUCUGAUGCUGGAAAAUCUUCAGAAGACCUCCACUCAUCACAUAGGACUUCAACCAAACUCUCAGAUUGGAGAGGAGAUGAGUCAGAACAGUUUCAUCAAACAGUACCUGGCCAAGCAACAGGAGCUCUUGAGGCAACGCUUGGAGAGGGAAGCCAGAGAGGCUGUGGAGGAUGAAGAUGGCACAGACCAAGAAGACCAGAGGGAGGCCAGUGAUGGCUCAGUCGGUCCUACCCCAAACCAGGACGUCGCCCCAGGUUUAGUUGACCAGCACAAAAGUCCGCCCCGUUCGUUGGGCCAGGGCUUCCAGGUAUCAGGUGAGGCGAACACACACGACGGUGCAAGGGACAGGGAGGCGCUGGCAGGGCCUCCGUCGGUGUCCGGCCCCACCCCCGGUGCCCUGCAUCCCUCUGUGGCCCCGCUGUCCAUACGGGCCCUAGCGGCCCAAAAGGGCACGUCGCCCAGCCGUGCCGCCACUGAUAGUGACGAGGAGAGCGACGGUAGAGAUGACGAGGACGAAGAAGACGAUGAGGACGACUGGGAUAUGAAUGCCUCGCGUAGAAACAGAGUGGAGCAGCAGCAACAGCAGUUGCUGGCACCGAGAGCUCAGCUGGCCAGAGAAAGGUCUGGGGACUCUAGGCAACCUCAGCAACACAUUCCCCCACUGCUGUCUCCACAGCUGCGACAGCCCACGCCGCCACCGUCCCCACCCCCGGAGCUUUCAUUUCCCCUGCCAGACACCCCAAAACAGAGUCCCCCGAGCCCAGGGGAAGAGCCCCCAUCCAGGCAGCGCACAAGCAGCACAUCCAGCUCCGGCAGCUCCAGCAGUGGCAGCCGCAGUAGCAGCCCAGAGCCACAGAGUGGCGCUGCGGAUCGCCGGCCCGGUCCACUCUCCUUACUGGCGCGCAAGAUGGAGUCUGAAGGAGCCUUCUCAGGAGUCGUCAGACGCGGACGCGACGAGGCCCAGGGGCGAGAGGAUGGCAGUGGCGGCAGUGCGACUGUUUUUCCAGGCAGAGGGCACCAGGAUGCGGUUGUGUCUGCUAUAACCCACACUGCGAAUGCGUCUUCGGCUCUAGGCUACCCGGGAUCGAUCUCUGUCAUCGGUGGCCCUCACGUCCACAGCCAAGGACCUGUCAGUGUUGUUCGUGGCACUAUGGAGGAAAGGGAUUCACUCAAACAAGACCACGAGCCUCAGUUCCCCUGGCAGCGGGAAGGUGAGGAGAGGGGGAGGCUGUGGGAGAGGGAGCAUGAGAGGUUAAAGGCACUUGAGAAGGAAAAGGAGGAGAGAAAGGCCCUGGAGAAAGAGAAAGAGCGUGCCCUGCUUCAAGAAAGAGAGACAAAGGAGCGUCUGGAAAGAGAGAAACAGGAGAGGGAGAGACAAGAGAAGGAGACACAGGAGAGGGAGAGACAGGAGAGGGAGAGACAACAGGCCCACGAGAGAGAAAGACAGGAGAUGGAGAGACAACAGGCCCUGGAGAGGGAGAAGCAGGAGAGCGAGCGGCUAGAACGAGAGCGACAACAGGCCCUCGAGAGGGAGAGACAGGAGAGAGAGAGACAACAGGCCCUCGAGAGGGAGAGACAGGAGAGGGAGAGACAACAGGCCCUCGAGAGGGAGAGACAGGAGAGAGAGAGACAACAGGCCCUCGAGAGGGAGAGACAGGAGAGGGAGAGACAGGAGAGGGAGAGACAACAGGCCCUCGAGAGGGAGAGACAGGAGAAAGAGAGACAGCAGGCCCUUGAGAGGGAGAGACAACAGGCCCUCGAGAGGGAGAGACUAGAGAGAGAGCGACUUGAAAAAGAGAGGCUUGAGAGGGAGCAAGCUCUAGAGCGCGAGAGACUUGAAAGAGAAAAGACAAUAGAAAGAGAGAGGUUGGAGAGGGAGAGGCUAGAAAGAGAGCGACUGGAGAAGGAGAAACAAGAAAAAGAGCGUUUAGAGAGAGAGAGGCUUGAAAAUGAGCGCUUGGAAAGGGAAAGACAAGAAAAGGAACGCUUGGAGAGGAUGGAGAAAGAACGACAAGAGAGAGAAAGACUAGAAAAAGAGCGUUUGGAGAGGGAGAGAUUAGAAAAAGAGCGUUUGGAUAGGCUCGAAAAAGAACGACUGGAGAGUGAGAGACUAGAAAAAGAGCGUCUUGACAGAGAGAGACGAGAAAAAGAACAAUUGGAGAGGGAGAGACAAGAAAAGGAGCGCUUGGAGAGGAUGGAGAAAGAACGACAGGAGAGAGAGAGACUAGAAAAAGAGCGCUUGGAGAGGAUGGAGAAAGAACAACAGGAGCGAGAGAGACUAGAGAAAGAGCGAUUGGAGAGGGAAAGACUGGAGAAAGAGCGUUUGGACAGACAGAGACAAGAGAGGGAGCGUUUGGAAAGGGAGAGACAGGAGAAAGAGCGACUAGAGAGAGAAAGAGAAGAAAAAGAGCGAUUGGAGAGAGAAAGAGAAGAAAAAGAGCGACAGGAGAGAGUGAGGCUAGAAAAAGAGCGUCAGGAGAAAGAGAGACUAGAAAGGGAACAGCUAGAAAAAGAACGACAAGAGAAUGAAAGGCUGGAGAAAGAGCAAGCUCUUGAGAAAGAAAGGCUGGAGAAGGAACGGCAAGAGAGAGAACAAGUUCAGGAGAGGGAGAGAAAGAGGGAACAAGCCUUGGAAAGGGAGAGACAAGCAGAGGAGAGACGAGAGAAAGAACAGGCUCUGGAGAGAGAGAGGCUGGAGAAAUUAAAAGCCAUUGAGGAAGAGAAAAAAGAGAAACUAGAGAGAGAGCAGGCUCUUGAGAGAGAACGAGUGGAAGAGGAGAAGAGACGUCUUGCAGAACAAGAGCAGAAGGAAGAAGAGGAGAGGGAAAGGGCUCAACAGCGCACUUUAGAACGUGAGCUAGAGGAGAGGAAGGCUGCCCUGGAGCAAGAGAGGCUGAAAGCGUCCGAGCAGGAGAGAGAGAGAGCCAUGGAGCGAGAGAAAGAGGAGAGGGAGAGGAUGAUGGAAAAGGAGAGGGAGAGCCGUCUGCCCCCUUGGAAGCGUGGACGUGAAAUCGGAGGCUUUUCUCAUUCUCCCGCCCAUCCGCUUGCCAUACCUGGUAAAACCACGACAACAGAGGCGAAGGAUAAUGAGGGCAGCGAACCUGUGGCACCACCUCAACAAUCGGGAGGAGUCUUCCCGCCCAAAUCCCCACCUGUCCCCACGCCCCUGUCCCCCCAGUCCUCCUUCAAGAAGUUCAGAUUUCUGAGAGACGCCCCUGUGCUCUCACCCACCUCUGCCAACCCCGUGGCCAGGGUGCCCCGCACGUUCUCAGACAGCCCCUUCCCUCAGACCCCGUCCCCAAUCACCUCCCCAACUAAAGCAGGCCCAGGCCCGGUGGAAGCAUCCCCGCAGGGUACGCAGGCGCCCGGCAGUCAGAACUCCCCUCAGAAGCUCAUGAGGCAGGGAGUGCUCGUCUCUGGAUCCCUCAGGGCCGGUUGGCACGAAGGCGAACAACCCACAGGAAUUGCAACGUCCUCACCAUGUGUGCCAUUUGCCGAGGCGGGAAAAGAAAAGCCAGAAUCCAGGGAUGUUCGUCAAGGUGAAGAAGAAAAACAAGAAAAAGAACAACAAAGAGAAUCUGAUCAGGGGAAGCAGUUGACCAAAACAGCGGAUACGGACGGAGCGUCUGAGGAGAAGGCCACGACCCCAGCCACCGUACUGCCCCCAUCUCCUCCACCAGAGGAGGCGGAUGCGUCCAAGGAAAAAGAUGCGAACGAUAAGAAGAAAAAGAAAGAAGAGAGGAGGAGGAGGGACUCGUCGUCAUCUAGUGACUCUGGGUCUUCUGAUUCCGACUCUGGAUCCUCGUCUUCGUCUCGCUCUUCGGACUCCUCCUCGUCCUCGCAGGACAAAAGCCGCUCCUCUUCCGCUUGUAGGAGGUCUGAUGGGCCUCAAAGGGAGUCUGCCAAAACGCGCAAGAGUGAGAAAGAAAAUGACACACCAGCCACACCAUCACGCAAACGAAGGCUGCGAGGGGAGGAGGAGGAGAAGCAGAACGAUGUCAGCGAUGAGGAUGUGAGCAAAAGCAAGCAACCCUGUCCGGAAGUAAAACUGGAUAAGAAAUCAGACAAGAAGGCAGAAGACAAAGAAGAGGACAUGAAGAAGGGAGACUCUGCCAGCGAGGUGAAGGCACCGGUCAUGGAGGAGCCCGAGAAGGCUCCGGAAGCCAGUGAGGAGACUGUCACCCCCAAGGCUUUCUCCACUCGAAGGAUAUCCCUCACAGCCAACAAGCCAUCCCCGGCUGGGGCGAACGCGGACCCAGAGGCGGAGGGCGGCACGGGAGCGAGCCGCAAGAGGAGAUGGGGAGCGAGCACGGCCGUCACUGCCAAGAAGCCAUCCAUCAGCAUCACCACCGACUCACUCAAGUCGCUGAUCCCGGACAUCCGUCCCAGCCUGGGCCAGGAGGCGGUGCUGGACCUGCACCCGGAGGAGACGCCGCUGUCUGGCGUGGAGGAGGGCGGAGACCGUGACGACCAGGACCUCAAGAUCCGACGCACCGUCACACAGGUGGUGCCCCCUGAGGCUCAGGAGAAUGGACAGAAGGAGCCCAAGCGGAGCGUGCAGGAGGAAGAGGACGAGGAUGAGGAGGAGGGCACGGAGGGCAAGGAACGCCUCGGCCAGGAAGAGAAGAUGGACACCUCUUUCCAGGUUGCCGUGGGAACGCAGUCUCCAUCCCCUGGCCAAGAUGGCGACAUGAAGACGGUGAUGCCCAGCGAUGCUUUGGUCCGCCGUUCCAUCAGCCAGCAGAAGUCUGGAGUGAGCGUAACCAUCGACGACCCUGUCCGCGCCGCUAGGCAAGCCUCGCCACCCCGGGGACGAGUCUCCAACAUCAUCCACAUCUGCAAUUUGGUUCGGCCCUUCACUCUUGGGCAGCUGAAGGAGCUCCUCAACCGUACAGGUGCCGUUGUGGAGGAAGGCUUCUGGAUAGACAAGAUCAAGUCCCACUGCUUUGUCACGUAUGCAACUGUAGACGAGGCGGUGGCCACGCGGGCCGCACUCCACGGGGUGAAGUGGCCUCAGAGCAACCCCAAAUUCCUCUCUGUUGACUUCAGCCUCCAGGAGGAGCUGGACUUCCACCGUGGGGGGCUCCUCCUGACCGACAGAGUUAACGAGGACGACCGAGGGGCAGGGGUGGCGCCCAAUACUGCCACGGCAACAGCUGCGGCGGCGGGCGGUGCUCGACCACGUGGCCCUGGCGUACCCCCUCCCCUCCUGCCGGAACGUGACCAGUGGGCCGAACGCGAGCGGGAGAUGGAGCGCCGGGAACGGACACGUGCGGAGCGGGAGUGGGAUCGAGACAAGGUGCGCGACUUCAGCCGGCCCGGAGAGGAGAGGGAGGCCGGCGCACGCCGAUCACGCUCUCGUGACCGGGAGAGGCGACGAAAGGAGCGCGGCAAGAGCAAGGAGAGAAAGACCGAAAAGAAAGAGAAAGCCCCAGAGGAGCCCCCUGCCAAACUGCUGGACGACUUGUUUUGCAAAACCAAAGCAGCCCCGUGUAUAUACUGGCUUCCGCUCAACGAGGAACAGGCUGCUCAAAGAGAUGCGGCUCGUGCCGAACGUGCAAAGGAGCGCGAGAGGAGGAGGAAGGAGAUGGAAGAGGAGGAGGUUGAAGAGGAGCGGAAGCGCGAGGAAGAGCGCCGGAACAGAACAAAACCGGCAGCCGGCGGUGCGGGAACAGGUGGCGACGGCGGUGACGGAGGCAACACCGACAGAGACAGAGCUAGGGACAGAGAGCGCGAUAGAGACAGGGAGAGGGACCGGGAGCGGGGGGGAGGAGGAGGGCGAGACCGGGAAAGGGACCGCGAGGCGGACAAGAGGAAGGACGGCUACCGACGGCCGUCCGGAACCAGCGGAGGAGGAGGAGGCAGAGGUGGAAGCAGCAACAGAAGAUCCCGCAGUCGCAGCGGCCCCUCAGGCAGAGAUCGGAGACGCUGAGGAAAGAAAAAAGAAAAGAACAGAACCCACUUGUUAGUCCAUGGUGUACUACGCACCCCCAGGCCUGUCCCCCACCCCACCCACUUAAGGACCAACCUAUUCCCACCUGUUGAAACACACACACACACACACACACACACACACACACACACACACACACACACACACACACACACACACACACACACCACAUUGCAUACACACAGGUAACAUUGGGACCAUGACCAGGAUGUCUGUCUGCCAUCUUGGUCUCUGUUUAGCCUGAGGGUGGGACUUCUGGUGUAUAUUCUACCCCUCAGUGUUUUUUGGCCUUUUGAUGUUUGUUGGGUUGACUUUGCUGACGUCCCAUGCCCCCCCAACCCCCCCAAAUACUGUACCCUCCAGUCUCCACACCCUGUCCCUAAUGUAUCUUCGGUUUCCAUGGCGGUCUCAGACAGUGUUUUAAAAGCCCUCUUGUCACGGUCCCCGUCCCUUCUAUUUUUUAAUCGUCUCUGUGGAGUUGUGAGUGUGUGUGUGUGUGUGUGUGUGCGCGUGCGUGCUUAUGGGUGUGUCUGUGUGUGUGUGUGUGUGUGCCUGGACGCACGUGUUGCUUCAUUACAGUCCUUCCUUUACUGUAUUCCCGACAGCUUGACAAGCUCUCACAUCCGCCUGUGUGUUUAGCUGACACUUGGCGUGGCCUUGGCCCAGAAAAGGCAGCCUUUUCCCCUCCGUCCCGCUCCCACACUCACAUGCCCCGCCCUGCCCCGCUCUGCCCUGCUCUGCCCCACUCCACCCCAGCUCCAAAAUCAUAGGGCGUACGGCUUCCGAAAAGAGAGCACCUUGGUGUUUCAUCCGUGUGCGUCGUCAGUUUGUGACGCAAACCCCCCCGGUCUCUUCUCUCUGUGCUUCCUCGAGCAGUCCUGAACUGCUGCCAUUGCAUGGAGAGAGAGAGAGUAUUAACCUCCACACACAUCUGGUUCAAUAUUCUUAUUUUCCCUUUUUUGUGUUUUUUUGUUUUGUUUUGUUUUUUCUUUUCUUGGUUACUCAUUAUUUCGUUCGUAGUUUAACAAAGAUUUUAACUGAUUUUGCUCUGUUUCUUGUUUUUAUUAUUUUUAUUUUUUGGUUACUCCUGUAAGUGCUGAAUGUACAAAAUAAUAAAGGUUAUGUUUAAGAUCUGAA